AAACAUGUAGUCUUUUGGGAGUCUAUGGAGGAGCCUUCGUUAAAAAAGUUCUUAGAUUUCCGAUUAAAAGCGAACGAUUUGAAUGAUAGAGAUACAGAGCACCGUCAAUACAAAACCGAAUUGGAAAUUAUCAAAUUACCAUGUGUACUCAUUCGAUACUGUGCGACACCAACUACCAGACUGGUUGUGACUGGCACGGGGAAAGUUGCGACUGGUUGCGGGAAAGGUUAUGACUUGUUGAGUAUGGAAUAUGUGUAUUAUAACGGAAUACCGUGCUGGUUGCGACUGGUUGCGGGAAAG